CCCUCUCGCCUGCCGUAGGUCACGUGACCCCUUCAUGGCCGGCGCCGCCGGCAGCGAUGGCGGCCACCAGGUACCGGCGGUUCCUGAAGCUCUGCGAGGAAUGGCCGGUGGAGGAGACGAAGCGGCAGCGGGACUUGGGCGUCUUCCUACGGCAGCGGGUGGCGCAGGCCUUCCGGGAGGGGGAGAACACGCAGAUUGCUGACCCUGAGACCUGUGACCGAAUGUACGAGAGCUUAGUCAGAAUCCACACCAACUACUACAAAAACAAGUACCCACGCCUGAAAGAUACAAGUUUCACUGGAGUGACGGUAGAAGAUUGCAAGAUGAUACUAGCAACAGACAUUCUGAAACAGAUGGAAGACAUGAAAAAAGGGACAUGGAAAAAACUGCGAGAAAAGUUUUAUGCCAAGAAACCUGAAGAGGACUCCAAGUGAUAGGCUAACUCCCAGAUUCUCCACUGUAUAUAUUCCUAAAGCACUGUAUGUUGCCACGAUGAAUAAAACCAUUUAUUCCUCUUA